AUGCCUAUUGACAAAGAAGGAAAGCAGACACUUUCGGCAAAAAGCUCUAUACAUAUCAUGCCUAUCGACAAAGAAGGAAAGAAAUCAGACACUUUCGGCAAAAAGCUCUAUACAUUUGCUGCCCUACUAAUAAAAAAUCCUAAUUACCAAGCAGCCAAGGGUGCUUAUCGGAAGCACUUAUGGGACAAAAUAGUUCCAAUGCUGCAAUCCCUGCCUGAUCCUCCAAAGGCAGAGCCCAUUAACGUCUACGAAGAGGCUAAUAUGCUCACCAAACAUUCUAAAUGGAAUGUAUGUUUCAUCCAAGGACUCUGCCCACCACCACCUCAGCUUCCAAAUGCUGUCAACAUAACAGAGAUGAGAAACUACAAGAAUGGUGAAGAGGUUGGUUACAAGUGUGUGGAACCUUUUGUGCUCCAAGGACCACAGAAGAUAAUGUGUGAAGGAGGAAGAUGGCAGACACCCCCCCGUUGUGUUGAUAUGAGAUGUGGAGACCCCCCUUCAAUUCCCAAUGGUGAGGCGAGAAGUGGUGCCCCUAGAAAGUAUGCUCCUGGUGAAAUCAUGCAGUAUUCUUGCCAUGAAGGUUUUGAAAUGGUUGGAUCAAGUACUUUUGCUACAUGUGGAAAUAUGGAGUGGUCUGAAUUACCAAGUUGCAAAGAAAAGUCAUGUCAGAAGCCUCCCGUCAUCCUCAGUGCUUCGUAUCGUCAUACUGUUAAAAACUCCUAUAAGCCUGGAGACAGAGUAGAUUAUGAGUGCCAUCCUGGUUUUGCAGCUAAAGGACCACAAACUAUUACAUGCAGUAGAGGAGAGUGGUCACAGCCCUCCACCUGCGAAGAUGUAACCUGCAGAGAUCCCCCUCUGGUUGACAAUGCUGGUAUUGUGGAAGAGAGGGCAGAAUCAUACCUGCCAGGCCAUGAGCUGCACUAUCAGUGCCAGGAAGGUUUUGAAAUAUCUGGUUCGGACACCAUAAGGUGUGAAAAUAAGAAAUGGUCAACACCGCCAAGGUGUCAAGAUAUGCGGUGUCCUCCUCCACCUGCUAUUCAAAAUGGUCAGCUUAAUGGAGCCCCAAAGCCACAGUAUUUCCCUGCAGAGAAAGUGAGCUAUCGAUGCUCCCCAUCCUACAGUCUUUUUGGACCUUAUGCAGCAAUGUGUUUGAAGAGAGAAUGGAUAAACUUACCAGAGUGCAGAGCUGUUGAAGGAAGAUGUGAUCGCCCACCUUCUAUAGACAAUGGAGACAUCUUGGAAAUGGCCCAGUCUGAAUAUAUGUCAGGAGAAAAGGUGCACUAUAAAUGCCAAAACAUGUACAGAAUGGAUGGAAAUGCAGAAGUAACUUGCCAUAAUGGUCAUUGGACACAACCACCAACAUGCAUAGUUCCUUGUACAGCAAGUGAAGAAGACAUGAAAAGGAACAAUAUACAGUUGAAGUGGAAAUACGACUCAAAACUGUAUGCAGAAUCUGGAGAUAUUACAGAAUUUGCCUGUAACUGGGGCUACCGUGCAGAUCGUAAUUCUCCUCCAUUCAGAGUACAGUGUAUAGAUGGCAGAUUCGAAUAUCCAAGAUGUGUAAGAUGGAUAUAAGAUGACGGAGGAGAAGUGUACAAUCAAGAUUUUUAACCAGCAUAUCACCUUUCAGAAUCAUUGAUCACUUAUCAAGUAAUUAAAUUCAUCAAGAUUUUUACAAAUGCCUUUUUCAUGGUUUUUAUGCACCUGCUCACAGUGAAUUAUUAUGAAUAUUGAAAAUAUUUUAUGGAAGAAAAGCCUACAAAUUUAUUGAAGGUGAAGUUAUACAAAAGUUUAUGCAUUAGUCUAGCCAAUGUUUUUAAUAACUCAUCUUAAAACAGUGCAAAUCCAACAUUAAAGAAGGGAAAAAGAUACUAUAAUGCAAACAUUGUACAUAUGAACUACCAAUGGGAACUAGCAGUGCUAGAUGGCCGUAUGUACUGCAAGUGAAUAUUUUUACCUGUGAGGAUUUUGUUUAUAUCUGAAAAGUAACAAUAAAAGCACUUAGUAGCAAAAA